AUGGUGACCACCAAUGGGCGGCCUAUUCAAGGUACAGGAAAGUAUCUUGACUUGGAUAAGGACAUUUUUGACACCACGGAACUCGAAGAGCUGGAGGAAAAACUGGAAGAGUUGCCCUACUAUAAUGGAAAAGCUGUGAUGCACGAUUUUCACAGAAUUGUCAAGAAGCUCAAUAUUUUUAAGGUGCACAAUAAGGUUGACUACAAGCUACCAACCACUGAUCCACGAGAAAGCGAUCAGUACUUCUCUGAGCAGGAUCUGCUUUCCUAUUUCGUCAAGAAUGGCAUCCCCAGAGCUGAAAGUUUGGAAGAAGGCGACCUGGCCAAGCUUGAAGAGGCGGUGAAAUUUGCCAAUGUGGAUCGUCUCCACUUGCCUUUUGCCAGAUCACAAUCAUGGGGAAUUUCCAACAAGAUUUUGACAAAGGAGGAAGUACAGCCUGUACUCGCUCGGUUGGGCUUUGAAAGGGACCCCCGUGCGAAAAAUCGAUUUUUCCAGCCAGGAGGCAUGAAGAAGGGAUUGAAGUCGAUGACUCUGGGAGAGCUUCGUGUGUUUGUUCGAGAGAAUGGCAUCUGGAGUGCUGACGGCGGACGCUCCCGAGUGCAGCACACUGAAAAGAGAGGUUUGCGUUACAACUCUGGGGGGGCAACGUCAGAGACGAAGCUGCCAAAGUAUACAAAGAAAUUCUAG